AACAAAAAUGAACUUUCUUGUAGUGUUUUGGAAAAGUCUCGAAAUAAGCUACAAGAAUAUGCAAUAAAAAAUACAAUAUUAGAAUAUCGGUAGUUCCCUAUUAAGGGGUAUUGGUACUUCUCUAACAUUCUAUAUUUUUUAUUGCAUUUAUCUUAUCAUUUCAUUCAUAUAUAUUUUACAAUGGAAUUUUUGAUAUUUCCAUCUUUAAAAUAAUAAAUAAGGAACAAAAUUUAAGCAAUAAAAAUAGAUAAUUUGUAAUUUAAAUAUAUAAUUUUUUAUUAUAUUGAUAAAUAUUGACGUAAAAAAAAAUAAAAUUGUAUAAUGGUUUAAGUUUAGUGACAAAUUGUUGCCAUAUCUUCAAUAGUAGUAUGACAUUAUAUUUUAAAAAGAAUUAUAAACAUUUUACAUUUUUACAUGAAAACGGUAUGGUAAAAUAUAAUUUUUUUAAUUAAAAAAAAUUCUUUAACUUUAUUCUUUUCUAUGAAUAUAGUUUUUUUAAAUUUUUUAUAUUCUUUUGCAUUUAAAUUACUUAAAAUUCUUAUAUAUAUAAAAUUCAAUACGAUUUUAAAAAAUUAUUUACAGAAAAGUAGUCAAAAAAUUUGAUCAAAUUGUUAAAUAAAAAGAUUAGAGAACUUUUUGAAUGUGCAUCAUUAUUCAUAAAAAAAAAAAUAAAUAUAAAUUAAGAAAAAAAAUAACAGAUUACAGUACAUUUCAUCAGCGAAACAUGAGCAAUUGCGAAGCACUGAAUAGACCUAUAGAGAAUUCGAUCAAAGGAAAGUUGGAAGCUGCACUGAAACCCCUUCAUUGUAACGUCAUUAAUGAGUCCUAUAUGCACAAUGUUCCCAAGAAUUCUGAGACACACUUUAAGGUAGUGGUUGUAUCAGAGAAAUUUGAUAAGCAACCGUUGAUCAAGACUCCUGACGCCUCAGUCGAGAACUCGGCGUUAACGAUAGCAACGUACCAUCGCGGACAAAAUUAAAACUAAUAGGUGUAAAACGUGACGGAUUGACGAUGAGAUGUUGUCAUGUAUGUCAUUUCGUUAUUAUGUGUUUCAUUGAGAAAAUGUGACUUGUCUCAUAUUUACCAAAUUCGUAAAAAUGGACCGCAAGUAAAGUUUCUUUGAAUUUUAUACAUAAAGACACAUUUUUAACUCCUUUCAAUAGCUAUAUUUCCGUGUAUUUUCCUGUCUGAGUAGGCUUCACUUUACGAGUUUUUUUUACUGAUUGUUAGGUGGAAAAAGGAUGGUUAAGGUCCAUUUUUACACGUGUUUUAAAACGAUCUCGUUUUGUUUUAUCCAAAUUCUCCUUAUUUACAAAUGCCACUCAGCAUGUCGGAAACUUUUACGUGUGAUUUCUCGCUUAUGAUGUCACGACUUCAAUAUGGCCGCGUCGAGUAGACAGGAGCCUUAAAUAGAUUGUGUUCAAAAAGUUACUUUAAUUAAAUAUGAGAUGAAAUAUAACAUAUAAGUGAUAUGAAAGUAAAUCAUACGAAAAGUAAUAAUAUUAUAUGAAGGAAAUAAAAUAAUAAAAAGUAAUGAUACUAAUCUAUUUAAAUGUUUAAAUAAUCAAAAUUAAGAACUAUUGAUUCGCAUAAUCAGAGUAAUAGGAUACCUGAAUUAAUUAUUA